CCAAUUAUAGUAAGUACAUAUGACAUUCGCCGACGGCGUAGCGCUGAGCUCAUCUGGUGUACCAUCACAGCAGACAUGGAUGAUUUCGUUACUUGGUUUCAAUACAAUGGUGGGGUCUUGGAUACUUCGAUGAUGGGCAUCACCGAUUUCCCUGGCAGUGGACGUGGUGCAGUCGCACUCCAGGAUAUACCUGAAAACCAUACAGUUUUCACGCUUCCUCGUGCCUUAACACUUUCAACUCAGACCUCGACCCUUCCUUCUGCAUUCGGUUUUGAAGCAUGGAGAAAGCACAAAUUGCACAAGGGUUGGGCUGGGCUGAUUCUUUGUAUGAUGUGGGAGGAAGCUCAAGGAAACCAAGGAAAGUGGAUUACAUAUCUCGGUGGUGACGAAGAACUACGAGAACUCCAAGGGACGGCUGUGGUAGACAAGAUAGGUCGGGAUGAGGCUGAGCGCGACUAUCACGAGAAGCUAGCUCCAGCGAUCAAGACUCGACCGGACCUUUUCCCCUCUGAUCAAAUCGAUACAUGGUACACACUUCAUCGGUACCAUAUUGCAGGUAGUCGAAUUCUAUCUCGAAGCUUCAAUGUGGAGAGGUGGGAAGGGGAAGUUGAGCAGGAUGUCGGAUACGUUUCAGAAGAAGACGGUAACGAGGACACCCGGGCCGACACAAGCAUCGGAAGCGCAAUGGAUGUUGACGGUUCAGGAGACAGUGGUGAAGCUGUGGACAAAGAGAGCAGUGGCAGAGAUAGUGAUGAUGAGGAAAUAGAGGACACAUCAGAUAUUGCAAUGGUGCCUAUGGCUGAUAUUCUGAAUGCUCGAUAUGACUCUGUCAAUGCUAAACUUUUCUACGAGAAGCACGAUCUUCACAUGGUCACUACGAAGCCCAUCAAAGCUGGAGAACAGAUAUUCAAUACAUAUGGCGACCUGCCCAACUCAGACCUGCUCCGGCGCUACGGACAUGUUGAUCUUGUGCCUUGUCCCCAUCUAAAGGGCGCGCUUGGAAACCCACAAGACGUCGUGGAGAUUCGAGCAGACCUCGUUGUCAACGUUGUUUGUGGUGAUGUAUCUAAUAGCGAGACAUAUCGACAACGAAUCGACUGGUGGCUCGACGAAGGGGGCGAUGAUGUUUUCAUCAUCGAUGUGGAUCCAAUUCUCCCUACAGCACUAACAUCUUUGAUCAGACUUCUACUUCUUACCCAAGAAGAAUGGGAAAAGACACGGGAGAAAGGACGUCCACCGAAAGUCAAGUUUGAUUCCCAAGUCUCUUCGUUAUUGCGAAGAAUAUUUGAGAUGCGCUUGACCAGUUAUCAAUCACCAGAUCUUGAAGCUGACGCAAAGCUUCUUACAAUCCAAUCGCUCACGCUCAACAAGAGACACGCCAUCGUAGUACGGCUCGGGGAGAAGCAAAUUCUGGCAGGCGCACUUGAAACCCUGCGCCUCAUGGAUGCGGCUUUGAGUGACGUCGGGAGUAAUGGAUCUAAAGGCAAGAAGCGUGUUGCGAGUGAGGGUACGACAGGUGGAGCAAAAACAAAAAAGACCAGGCAUUGACGCUACGAAGGCCUGCGCACGGACCGACCCAUUCACGUCUCCUGUUCAUUGACCCCCUGAUUGUUAUCGAUAUGCAAUGGAGAAGAACGGAGAGUACCGAGUAGCUUUGUCAAGUAGCCACUACUGGUAUAUCGAUCUUCUCGCUAACCUUCCGACAGCAACUUUUACCUAUCACAUCGGUGUGUAACUGGCCAAAGGGACAAUGCUGCAUCCCAUCACACGAAAUUCUAACCUAUAGUUGGCAACCGGAACUGCACGAGGCUCCUCCCGGGAUCAGAACGUCCUAUAGUAUUGUUC